AGGAUAGAAACCGGAAGUUAUUCAGCUGCUGCUGCUGCUAUUGCUGCUACCGACUGAACAACAAACCAGCUAGUAGAUGUUAAAAAACAGUUUGUUUAGUUCAUUAAUACGAAGGAGCCUUGCAGCAGUUGAUUAAACCGUCUGUCUGAUUUGUUGUGGUCAGAGAUGAGCGUCACUUUGGAUAUAAGACUGAAAAGAGCGAACAAAGUUUAUCAUGAAGGGGAAACUGUGGCCGGCGUCAUUGUGCUGGUGUGUAAGGAGGCGAUGCAGCAUCACGGCAUCUCUCUGAGCAUGGAGGGACUGGUGAACCUGCAGCUGAGCUCCAAGAGCGUUGGCGUCUUCGAGGCUUUCUACAACUCUGUCAAGCCCAUCCAGCUGAUCAGCUGUAACAUUGAGGUGGCCAAGGCAGGAAAGAUCCCAGGAGGCAAGACUGAGAUCCCCUUUGAGUUCCCUCUGCAGACAAAAGGCAACAAAGUGCUUUAUGAGACCUACCACGGCGUCUUUGUCAACAUUCAGUACACGCUCCGCUGUGACAUGAAACGUUCCCUGCUGGCCAAAGACCUGAGCAGGAACUGUGAGUUCAUCGUGCACUGUCAGCCGCAGAAAGCUAAAGUUGUUCCCACUCCGGUCAACUUCUCCAUCACUCCAGACACCCUGCAGAACAUCCGCGAGCGGAGUUUACUGCCAAAGUUUCUGAUCAAAGGCCAUUUAGACGCCACCAACUGUGUGAUCAGCCAGCCGCUGACUGGAGAGCUGGUGGUGGAGGCUUCUGACGUUCCAAUCAAGAGUAUUGAACUGCAGCUUGUACGAGUGGAGACAUGUGGUUGUGCUGAAGGUUACGCCAGAGAUGCCACUGAGAUCCAGAACAUCCAGAUAGCUGAAGGUGAUGUCUGCCACGGCCUCCCGAUUCCCAUCUACAUGGUUUUCCCCAGGCUGUUCACCUGCCCCACUCUAGAGACCACCAACUUCAAAGUCGAGUUUGAAGUCAACGUCGUCAUCGUGCUUCAUGAUGAUCAUCUGAUCACAGAGAACUUCCCUCUGAAGCUGUGCAGAGUCUGAACCCGGAGGUCACAUCAGCACUGAGAUAAGUUCACUGGAGGCCUGUUAGCUUUCACCUUCUCUGCAACACACAGGACUGAACAUUUACAAACCACAAACACAUCUGUGCCUGUUGACAUCUGAACUGAUUUUCCUCUGAAGCCAGAAAAAGAAUAAUGCUAAUCUACAGUGUCUCUGAUAGGAAAUGGAUUAUGUGAAUUAAAAAAGCCCUGCAGGGUUUUCCUUCAUAAAUAGAUGGAUAUAAUGAAUAUGACCAAAACUGUUUAAUAUAGUUUAUUAUUUUGUUUUAUUGUCAUAAACAUCACUUAAUGUACAUUUUGGCAUUUUACCUGUGAAGUUAUACAGUAACAAACAUUAGAGUUUACAAUGUCCCAGGUUUCAGGUUGUUUGUCAAUCAGUGAACCCAGAACCAUAAACCAUGUCAUUGAACGUUAUUAUUCAAAGUAUGUCCAAAAAAAAUGAAGACAGUAAUUUCCCUGUACUUCCAUACUAUGUUCAUAUUCUCAUUACACCCAAUAGUACUUUUAGCAACUCAUUUCAAUUUGUCAAAACAGUCCCACCUCAAGAUCCACUUACUAUACUAGCUUUUUCCAGAGCUUUCAAUCACAUCACAAAGUCUUUAUCAGCAGAUGGAGUUUGCUCAGUUCAGUCGUUAUGGAGAUUCAUCCUAACAGCUACUGACAACUGUGUAAACUCAAUCAGCUGAUAAAGAAUGUAUGAUAUGAUUGAAAGUGCCAGGGAAAAAAGUUUGUAAGUGGACCUUGAGUUAGGAUUGUUUUGUUGAAUUACUAGGAAUGACAUUUUCAAGAUUAAAGGAAUAAUUCAAAAUUUGAGGAAAAUGCUUAUUUGUUUUCUUGCCAAGAGUUAGAUGAGAAGAUCUAUAUCUAUAUCUCCGUUUAUCUGUUAAAUAUGAAGCUACAGGAGAUGUGUAGCUUAGCAUAAGAGUAAAACAAGGGGAACAGCUAGCCUGGCUCUGUCUGAAAAAAGAAAAAAAAAAACCUGCCACCUUCUCUGAAGCUUUGUAAUUAAAACUUUAUUUCCAUUAAGUGUAAAAACAACAUAUCGUGGUUUUGCAGGAGGUUGUGUGCUUGACUAUUUCUUGGCAGGGAGCAAAUAAGCGUAUUUCCCAAAAUGUUAAACUAUUCCUUUAACUUGCAACAUUUGGACAUUUACAGAAGUAAACUGUAAUUGUUGGUUUGUUUACUAGUGCAAUGAAUGAAACACAGUUGAGACACAUCUCUGAUCAGUUACUAAUUUAUGUACACAAAUGAUCAAAAUGUUAACCCCUGAUACACACUGUUCUCCAAACUGCAGAAGAAUAAUUGCUAAAGCACUUUGAUGUAAAGUUUGAGGAGCAGUAAAGCAAAUUAAAUUCUAUUCAAUAAUGA